AUGGGACAGCUGCCACGCCUGGUGGAGUGUGGCGGCCGUCUCGGGCUCGCUCUGAUGGAUGUGGGUGGCAGUCGUGCACCCGCUCUGAUGGACGCGGGCUGUGUCAGACAUGGAUGGCAAGCUAAGUUUAUGUCUCUGCAGGUGGAGAUCGUCCCUGCCCAAGGAGAGAUCAGUGUUGGAGAAUCCAAAUUCUUUCAGUGUCAAGUUGUUGGUGAUGCCAAGGAGAUUGAGUGGUAUGCCCCAAGCGGUGAGAAGAUUCUACCAAACAGGCAGGAUAUAAGCGUCAGUGCCAUUGACGAGUCCUCCUCCACCCUCACCAUCUACAACGCCAAUGUGGACAACGCUGGCAUCUACAAAUGUGUGGCCAAGAGCGGAGAUAAGCAGGCUGAGGGCACAGUCACUGUGAAGAUCUUCCAAAAGAUAACCUUCAAGAAUGCCCCAACUCCUCAGGAGUUCAAUGAAGGUGAUGAUGCUGACAUCAUCUGUGAUGUCAUCAGCUCACCUCCACCCAAUAUCUACUGGAAGUAUAAGAACGUGGCAAUUCAGAUGGAGAAAGAUGUUCGCUUCAAGGUCUUGAGUAACAACCACCUGCAGAUCCGUGGCAUAAAGAAGACAGACGAGGGCCCAUACACCUGUGAAGGUCGCAUUAUGGCCAGGGGAGAAGUCGACCUUCGGAUCAUCAAUGUCGUUGUCAACGUGCUCCCCAGUAUCAGAACCAGACAGUCAGAGCUGAAUGCCACUGCUGAUACGGGCAACUCUGUCACGCUGGCAUGCGACGCCGACGGCUACCCAGAACCCAUUGUGACAUGGACACGAAAUGGUGUUGUGUUACAGUCUAAUGAGAAGUACCAGCUUAACGAGGAUGGCUCAGAACUGGUCAUCAAGGAUGUGAAGAAACUAGAUGAAGGAGAUUACAGGUGCAUCGCUAAGAAUAAAGCUGGUGAAAAAUCUGAGGAAGUGAGCCUCAAUGUGUUUGUCCAGCCUAAGAUCACAUUCUUGGAGAACCAGACGGCGUCAGAGCUGGAGGAGCAGAUCACUCUGACCUGCGAGGCUACAGGAGAUCCCACACCAAGUAUCGUUUGGAGUUUUGGUCGACGCGUCUUUACUGAAGGAGAACAGGCUUCAUGGACUCGACCUGAGAAACACAAGAGUCUGGAUGGGAAUGUGGUGGUGAGGAGUGAUGCCCGCGUCUCCUCCCUGACUUUGAAGUAUGUUCAGUUCACUGAUGCUGGCCAGUACCUCUGCACUGCCCGCAACUCCAUUGGACAGGACAUUCAGAGCAUGUACCUGGAAGUGCGCUAUGCUCCAAAACUCCAGGGUGCAAUAACAGUGUACACAUGGGAGGGGAACCCGGCCAACAUCAGCUGUGAGGUCCUGGCCCAUCCCAGUGCGUCCGUGGUCUGGUUCCGUGACAGCCAGCCACUCCCUGGUCCCAACACCACCAACAUAAAAGUGUACAGCAGCCCUGCGGUCAGCUAUCUGGAGAUCACCCCAGAUUCUCAGAAUGACUUUGGGAGUUACAACUGCACUGCCUCCAAUGCAAUCGGCACAGAAUCCAAAGAGUUUCUGCUCAUUCAAGCAGACGUGCCAUCAGCUCCAUCCAUUGAGCUUGUGGAGCCGUACUCCAGCACUGCUCUGGUUCAGUUCGAGGAGCCUGACUCAAACGGGGGGGUACCUGUUCUCAGGUACAAGGCCCAGUGGCGUGUGCCCGGACAAGACUGGGCCAGCAAAGAUUAUGAAGCGGAGGAUGGCCAGGGCGUGCUCAUCGUUGGCCUGAAGCCAGAGACGGUUUAUGAGGUCAAGAUCUCCGCCAUCAACGGCAAGGGUGAAGGAGACAGCUCCUCCCCUGAGAGCUUUAAAACACAACCUGUCCGCUAUACUUUUACAAUGUCCACAGAGUCACCAACUUCCAUUCCUUCAACCAGUGCCUUUCCUAAAGGGGAACCCAAUCCCCCAAAGCUGGAGGCCAAACUGCAGUCCAGUGGCAACGCCCUGAAGGUCAGCUGGGUCAAACAGGAUGAUGGGGGUUCACCCAUCAAGCACUACCUUGUGCGUUACAAAGCUAAGCAAGGUUCUGAAUGGAAGCCGGAGAUCCGACUACCCAAUGGUAGUGAAUAUGUGGUUCUGAGUGGCCUGGACUGGAACACGGAGUAUGAGGUAUAUGUGGUGGCCGAGAACCAACGCGGGAAAUCCCAGCCAGGCAUGCUCUCCUACAGAACCUCCCCACAACCAACCACCAUUCCAGGGUCUGUGACCAGUGGCUCGGGCCUGGGCACAGGUGCCAUCGUGGGCAUCCUGAUUGUGGUCUUCAUCCUGCUGCUGGUGGGGGUGGAUGUGACUUGUUACUUCCUGAAUAAAUGUGGGGUCCUGAUGUGCAUUGCUGUGAACUUCUGUGGCAAAUCUGGCCCUGCAGCCAAGACCAAGGACAUGGAGGAAGGCAAAGCGGCCUUCACGAAGGAUGAGUCUAAGGAGCCCAUAGUGGAGGUCAGGACGGAGGAGGAACGUACACCCAAUCAUGAAGGGAAUGGAGCCGCUGAGCCUAAUGAGACAACCCCACUCACUGACCCAGAGCAUGCAGCUGAUACUGCCUCCACAGUAGUGGACUUGCUCCCCUCUGUAACCAUUAACUCCGACCCUGCCCCUGACUCCUUUGCCACUGCCCAGAGUAGCCCUGCUACUGAAAACUCCCCUCUCACCUCCAGCACCGCCCCUCCUGUCCAACCCACAUCCCCCAAAACUGCUGCCACUGCGUCUACAUCUGCCCUCCACCCAGCAUCCACCCAGGAGCCUGUCCCCCCCCUGGUGGAUCUGAGUGAUGCCCCUGGUACUGUGCCCACAGAAACCCCUAGUGUCACACAAACCCUCUCAUCCCACCCCAAGCCUGCAGGGGACAAUGUAAAACAGAGUCCCCCAGCCCGGCCAGUCCAAAGCACUCUGGCUCCCAGCAGCCAAACAGCCAGGCCCCCCCAGAGUAAGGACUCAGAUGUAGAAGGAGGAGCUUCCCAGAGCCCAGACGCUGGGCUUGGCAGGGAUGUGUUUGACGAGCUAAGCAAGCCUUCUGACUCCCUGGCAGACUCCAGCACACCCACCCAGGACGAUGGAAAGGUUGUUGUAGAUGAGAAGAGUAAUGCAGAUGGGGCAGACGCAAAGAAGACUCCAUCGGAGGUGAAGAUGGUCCCUAACGAAGCCGCCCAAACAAACGGGAAUGAGAGCAAAGCAUGA